AUGUUUAGCUUCAUACUAAUUUUUGUCGGCUUUGCUCCCAUCAGUGGCCUAUUCGGUUCGAUGAAAAAUGUCACAGUACGAGGCAUGAUAAAAUGCGGGGUAUUUAGUGCUGAUGGAAAGAAAAUUGAACUUUGGGAAGAUGAUAUUUUGAAUCGUGACGACAAGCUGAACACCACUUUUUCGGAUUUAGUUGGACGCUUCGAAAUUUAUGGCCAAACGCGAGAAAUACGAAAUAUCGAACCAUAUUUGCUUAUAACACAUAAUUGUGAUGGAAUAGCACCAAAUUUGAAAUGCACCAUAAUUGAUCGCUAUAAAAUACCAAAAGAUAAGCAAGGAAAAGUUUAUCACAUCGGAGCAAUUAAUCUUUCGGACGGAACGAAAAAAAGAAAGCGAACAUGCAAAAAAUGA